CUCUCAGUUCAAACUGGCGCCUCGCCACCAACAUUUCACUCGCCCAAGUGCCAACAUAUCUGAAGCUUCACAAACCACAGUUCUGCCAUGUACUGCAAAACUAUUCAAUAAAUUAUCACAUGCUUCUGUUUUCUUCUCACCCCUUUUUCCCAGAAACCAGAUUCUCGUUCCCUUCGGUGAAAACCUAAGAAAAUCCACGAGUUGUUUUCUUACUAUGUUGCCUUCCGUACCUGAAAUCAAAUUCUGCCCAGAUCUUGCUCUGCCUCUGAUUUCUCUGUAUCUGAGUUCAGUGUAUUAGUAUUUUCGGCCAAGAAAAAGCGUAUAGGCUUGUAGAAAUGGCCACCAAGAACGUGUUGUUGUUUAGAACCAAAUUCGAUUCGAUCGAUAUUUGGUUUCUAAGGGAAUUGUUGUACAAGAACAUGAUUUGGCUUCUGGGUUCUCUGCAAUUGAUCCUGUAUAAUUAUGUAGCUUGUUUGUUUGGGAUGAUUAUCAAUUUCUUUGCCAGUUUCAGAUUUCAGGUGGGAGAAGAUGGGAAGGCUGAGAGAUGUUGUGAGAAUGAAGGGUUCAGAGAAGCGCUCGCUAAUUUUUUAUUCCAGAGCCAUGAAGAUAUCUUUGAAGAUUUUGGAAUAGGUGAAGAGAAAAGUCAGAGCUCUUCAUUGAUGGAGGCCAUCUCGGAUGCUGGUGAAGAGAAGGAAAAAAUUGAAGCAGGAACACUUCUAAUGGAGGUUCACUCCGAAUUUCAGGAGAAUAAGAAAGAAGGAGACACACAAAGCUCUAUUUCAAUGGAGGGCUGUUCUGAUAAUCAUGAAGAUAAGAACAAGAGUGAGGGAGAAACAGAUGGUUGUGUUCCAACGGAGGUUCACUCAGAUUCACUUGAAAAAAUGGAAAAGAGAACAGAAACAGCAACUGAUAGUUUUGUUCCAGAGGUCCAUUUUUAUGGAACAGAGAAGUUUGUUUCAAAAGAGCUUCAAUUUGAUCAUCCAGAUGAUGGGGACAAGGAAGGAACAAAAUCUGAAUGCUCUAUUUCAAUGAAUGUUCACCGCGAUUUGCCAGGAAGUGGGGAAGAAGGAGAAUCAGAGAGCCUUGUUUCAAUGGGGGCCCACUCUGAUUCACAUGGAAAUGAGGGAAAAGAAGAAGCAAAGACUUCUGUUUCAAUGGAGGCUCAGUCUCACCUUAAAGGUGAAGGCGAAAGAAGCUGUGCUUUAAUGGAGGCAAAUUCUUCCACAACCGCACAGAAAUAUCAGUACGUGUCAGGCAGAGACAUCAGAGGGUUCAUGGAGGAAGCUACAUCCAUGAGACUCACUUUCCAAGGAUUUUUGGUGGGUCCAAAUGUUCCUGCCUCUUUUGAUAAUAAUGCUGAAAUUAUUGCCCAGAAACAGGAUUCUUCAGAGAAUCCUAAGGAAGAAGAAGAUGAUGACGAUAAAGCAGAAUCUACUCAAGAAAAUGAGUUUCUGGGCUGCAAUAAUUCUCAGAAAGGAACUGAAUCAGUAAGUCUUAUGACAGCCAGAGAUGAAAGAACUGAAGAAUCUGGGAAAGACAGAUCAAAUCAAGAAAAAGAAAAUAAACAUAGAGAAAAUGCUGAAGAGUGGAGGAAGAUGAUGGAAGAAUUGGAAUAUGAGGUAGGAAAUGAGUGGAGAAUGGAAUGGGAGCACGAUGAUAUGGUGGAACAGCUUAAAAUUGAGUUGGAAAAUGCAAGACAAGGAGGACUUUGCACUAUUCUUGAAGAACAAGAGGAGGAGGAGGAGGAUGAAGAAGAAUUAGAAGGAAAAGAAGAACAAGAAGAAGGAGAAACAGGGGAAACAGAGCGUUCAGAGGAAGGUGGAGAUCAGAAGCGUCAGAAUGAUGAAGAAAAUGAAGAACUCAAUGACCUGACGGAUGAAAUUGAGGAAGUUUACCAGGUCUAUGAAGAGAAAAUGAGGAAACUGGAUAUCUUAAAUUACCAGACUAUGCAUGGACUGGGUCUUCUGCAACUGAAAGACUCUGCAAAGUCAAGUUUCAAAGGAUUGAAGCCAUUAAACAGAAAAGAGCCAAAAACACCACAUAUGAAGUUGGUUGAAGAAUUGCAAAGAGAUCUGGAAGUUGUAUAUGUUGGACAGAUCUGCCUCUCAUGGGAAAUACUGCGUUGGCUCCACAAGAAAGCUCUUCAACUCAAACAGCAUUAUCAUUCACAAGCGGAUUCCCUUCAUCAUCAUCAUCCUCAGUUCAAUGUAGCUGCUGGUGAGUUUCAACUCUUUCAGGUUCUGUUGCAGAGGUUCAUAGAGAAUGAGGCGUUUCAAGGCCCCAGAACUCUUAACUUUGUCAAGAACCGCUGUGUCAUUCGCAAUCUUCUCCAAGUUCCUGCCAUUCGAGAUGAUAGCUCAAAAGAAACGAUCAUAAAUAAAGAAGACGAAGAAUAUGUAGUUUCCAUUGCAAGAUUGGCAGAAAUAAUCAAGGAAUCAAUGUGGCUGUUCUGGAGAUUUGUCAGAGCAGAUAAAGAUGGGAAUUUGAUCCUCAGAAUUUCCCAACAAACUCGAACAUAUCCCAAAGACCCUGCAAUCUCAGAUCUUGUCAAAGACAUUAGAUCUCAUCUUCAUAAGAAGGAGAAGAAGCUGAAGGACUUGGUGAGAACUGGGAAUUGCAUAGUGAGAAAGUUCCAGAAGCAUCAGCAGCAGCAAGAAGAUCAACUGAAUCAUGAGCAGCUUCUUGCUCAGGUUGAGCUGAAACUGGUUUCAAGGGUACUGAAUCUGUCAAAACUGAGAAAAGAACACCUGAUAUGGUGUAAUGAGAAGUUGAGGAGGAUUAAGUUUGUGAUGAAGAAGAAGAAGAUUGUGAUGGAGCCUAGUUUCUUGCCUUUCCCAUGCUGAAGAAGAUGAAAUUAAUGUGCGUGGCAUAAGAUAUAGAGACACGUACUUUCACAUAUAGAAAAGUAUAUUUAUAUAACAGUACUGUGUAUAAUAUGUUAGACAUUUGAGAUUUAUUUCAUGUUUAAAUAAUGACUCAUGAAAAAUACUCAGGUUUAGUUGCCAACGAGAGACAUAAGUGUAUCCAUGUAAUUAUUCAUUCACCAAUGAUUUUAAUCCUAGUUUUUGAAAACUACGUUUCUUAAAUUUUUAAA